GCCGGAGGAGGAGGCGGAGGAGGAGGAGGAGGAGGAGGAGGAGGAGGAGCGGACAAGGAGGGCGGGGAGGACAAGCCCUGCUUCCUCCCGGGCUCCCACCUCGGAUCAUGUACCAGGACUAUCCCGGGAAUUUCGACACCUCUUCCCGAGGCAGCAGCGGCUCUCCAGCGCACGCAGAGCCUUACUCCGGAGGCGGCGGACAGCAGAAAUUUCGAAUAGAUAUGCCAGGGUCCGGUAGCGCCUUCAUCCCUACCAUCAACGCCAUCACCACAAGCCAGGAUCUGCAGUGGAUGGUGCAGCCCACGGUCAUCACCUCCAUGUCAAACCCUUACACCCGCUCCCACCCGUACAGCCCGCUGCCUGGCCUCGCCUCGCUUCCGGGACACAUGGCCCUUCCGAGACCCGGGGUGAUCAAGACCAUCGGCACCACCGUGGGAAGGAGGAGGAGAGAUGAGCAGCUGUCCCCCGAGGAGGAAGAGAAGCGAAGGAUCCGGAGGGAGCGGAACAAACUUGCUGCGGCCAAGUGCCGGAACCGGCGCCGGGAGCUGACGGAGAAGCUGCAGGCGGAGACCGAGGAGCUGGAGGAGGAGAAAUCGGGCCUGCAGAAGGAGAUCGCGGAGCUGCAGAAGGAGAAGGAGAAGCUGGAGUUCAUGCUGGUGGCCCACGGGCCUGUGUGCAAGAUCAGCCCGGAGGAACGUCGCACCCCACCCUCGCACGGCCUCCAGCCCAUGAGAACCGGGGGCGGGGCGGCUACUGUGGUGGUCAAGCAGGAGCCCCUGGAGGAGGAGAGCCCCUCGUCGUCCUCUUUGGCCCUGGACAAGGCCCAGCGGUCGGUCAUCAAGCCCAUCAACAUCGCGGGGGCCUUCUAUGGAGAGGAGCCCUUAAACACACCCAUCGUGGUGACCUCAACUCCUGCCAUCACCCCGGGCACCUCCAAUCUGGUCUUCACUUACCCCAACGUGUUGGAGCAGGAGUCGCCCGUGUCCCCAUCGGAAUCGUGCUCCAAGGCUCACCGCAGAAGCAGCAGCAGCGGAGACCAGUCCUCAGACUCCUUGAACUCUCCCACUCUCCUGGCCUUGUAACCCAGCGGGCCUUCUGUCCUUGCCAGCACUAGAGGGGGUGGGCCCUCUGGAAGCCACCUUCUCCCUUCUCUCCUGCCGUCUUCUCGGGGAGCAAGACCGUCAAGCACAUUGGGGUGGCGGGAGCGGGGAGCCCAAGAGGGCCCUUCCCGACACCGGGGAGGAAGCCUUGGGACUCGGUUCCAGAGAGUAAGAGGACGCAAGGGCACGUUCAGCUGGGAGAAACGGGAAGUGUCUGCGUUUGAGAGGCGCUGCCAGUGCCCCUCAGAGGCAACUCUGUUCGUCUUUGGCGGACUCCGGCACCCCGUCGACCACCGCCCCCCUCCUGCCCACCCACCUCACCCUCCUCGGAGGGGGUGGAUAGGUGGUCCAGUAGCUGGAAGUUGGCCUGGAUGGUUCCCUUCCCUUUGUUACAAUAAUGAAUCUGGAGCGAUGGUUCCUUCCCCUUUUUCCUCCCCGGCAAUCCCCAGCAUGCUCAGUGCCUUCUGUUAGCUAUUCGUACUCCACUCCUCCUCCUUUCCUGCCCCAUCCCUCUCCCGCUCUUUGGGUUUCAAACUUGCCAUGACAUUUCAUCCAGAGGGGUCCGAACUCUAUAAAGAUUCUGUUAAUGCUUGCCAAUCGAUGCUGGUGGAGGCUCCGGUUAAGUGCUUCGCCUGGAGCCCCCUGCCCCGGGGGAGUUGUCUGUGGAGUCCAAGUUUCGGGGCGCCUGGCCUUUACGAAACUAACAGAUAGCACACCGAAGCCCGCUCAGAAUCGCUGAGGAAAGUCUACUGCCUGGAGGCUGAGUCCUCGCUUUUCACCCAUCCUCACCCCCUGACCCUUCCCUAACACCACUUCGCCCUUCCAGUGUGGAUCUAGGGGGAGAUGGCGUGAGCGAGAAGGCAGGGGCCGCCUUCCACAUGCGCAGCAAAGAUCGGCUUUGCUAAACGCCCCAUUACUGGGCCAGGAAGGGUGCCAACGAAGCCGCGUGGGUGCCAGAGCCGGCUUCUGGCUCACCCUCUGGAGCAGGGCGUCUCCUAUAAUUACUGCCUCUUCUCUCCUGCCCGUAGAGGCUUCCCACCCCGGGAAUAAUGCAUUACUUCCCGCCCAUCCCCCAGGCUCCUCCUCCUCCUCCUCCCCUCCUCCAUCCGCUCGCCCCGGCUCGGGUGACGCCACACAUGGAGCUUUAACGAGCGUGGGCCCCAGACCCUCUCCGGGUGCGCAUGGAGGCGGAGGCCCCUCCCCAGCUCGGAUGAGGCCAUGAAAGAACGUUUGCUGAGGAUGAAACGGGAGGGGGUGGGCCGAGGGGGCGGAGGUGCCGCUUGGAGGCAGAAAUCUGGCUCCCAGGGCCAAACGCAGCUCACAGUCCUUCUCCCUUUACUUGUCUCGGUCGUUCCGUGGCGUGGACUUGCUACCCUUGGUGGUGAUUUGCUUCGUAAUGGAUCGAGAGCUUCUUCGUCUUUUCUUUUUGGUGUUCUCCCUUUCUCUUCUGGUCCCCUGACCAGUCCUGAGCACCAGUCCGGCUGAGUUCCCUUAGCCCGUUCCCUGCUCCCCGGCCAAAAUCUGAUUCCCUCGAUCACGCCAAACUGAGAUAGGCUUCAACACCUCCCCCUCUUUUUCAGAGCAGAGAGCCCUGCUUCAUGACUCGAGGGAAACUCUCCUGGGCCUCCGGCAAGGACACGACGGCUGCUACCGCAGCACGGUUGUAGCUUUGGGAAGCUGGGAAGACGAUGAUCCUGCAGGAGUAAAAUGAUCUUUUUUUAAUCCUUUUCCCAAUUCAGUGCAGAACAAUCCAUUUUUAACAUUCCUCGGCUCUACCGGAGCACCAGACCCUCAUGUCCUGGGACCACCCCCGCCCCCCAGAGUCAAACCUCAAAUGGCCCCUGGUCUAUGACUAAGCAUAGGACCAAAAGCAAUAGUGCCCAGUGGUGUGAUUUUCUUGUAUCUACCCCAGCGCUUAGUACAGUGCUUGCUGCCAUCGUUAUGAUUAUGAUUAAUGACCCGAUCUUCUCAGGCUCAAUCAUCUCAGCUGGUGUCUUGACUCAGGCUAGUGUUGAUCACCCGUGUGUGUGUGCUUGCGCGCGUGCCUGGCCACUUGAAAAUAUUUCACUGGGGUCUUCCCAUCCCAGAUUGCAGUGUAUUAACCUAAGCUGUGGCAUUUAGUCACCCGGGUUUGGGACCAACAGUGGGCAAGAGCAGACUUGCAGAGGGACCCGUCGUGGAAUCUUGGCGAUCCUUUCCUGUUCUAGAAUCUCUUCCAUCACUCUGGGGGAGAUGUUCCUCAGUGCUUAAAACUAUGUUUAGAGAAGGCAAGUUGUAUACUUCAGUGACGACACCUCAUUUUCAUCAGAAGUGCUUUGCUUGUGUAUUUUUUUCCGUGGAGAUGAAUUUUUCUUCCGAAGCCCCUUUGAGCUGGAAAGGAGUGGCUAUUAUGAUUAUCGUUUCUGAGGAGUCAUUGAGGAAAUGGGGGCAGUAGAGGGAGGGAUCAGGGGCUGGGCCCAAGCUGGGAUAAGAGGGACAACCCCCAUUUGUCCAGCUCCAGCCCCUGUCUUGAAGCCCUGAUGCGGGGAUACAGCCGGGAUCAGAGAGGCAGGGCAUCAGAUGGCUUGGUCCAAACUCUGGGAUUGACCUGUCAGGAAAUGGCUCCUGGGAAAGCUCAGUCUUUGCCUUCCUCGUCCCGCUUUGGAAGGGAGUUGUCACUGCUGGCUCUGGGGCGUUCCCAGUGGGCAUUCCUCAGCUAGGGGUGGUGGGGAUGGGGAGAACUGGCAACAGAAAGGAUCUAAGGGCCACUAAGGAAAUCACCAACAGGAUCAAGGAGGAGAAUUGAUUGUUUAGCUGAAAGGACUCUCCUCAGCUCUGUCCUCUCCCUGGGUUAAGCGAAUCACCAAAGUGAGAAAGAUAGCUGCAGGGGUCCUCCUCCUUGGGUAGCCUUUCCCUGUUUGUUGCGUCUGUUAUAUUGUACUCUCCCAAGCGCUUAGUACAGGCUAUGCACAGAGUAAGUGCUCAAUAAGUACGAUUGAUUGAUUGAUUGAUUGCUGUUUCUGGGGUGUCUGCAGCCUGAGUUUAAAUUUUUCAAGAGGUGAGCCCUUUACCUCCUUCCCAUGGUGGCAGUCUCAGUGAUUUUACCCUAAGAAAGCCACCUCUUGGUGCCAGCAGCCAGAUAUUACCCCUUCCUCAUUCUGACUCCCAUUUCAGGGGAACCUCAGACUCGGGAGGCAGAGACACACCUUUGGGUAGAUUGCAGCCCCCAGGGCUGACUGAGAAAAUGCUGGAGAGACCCCAAGUUUCUCCAAGGGUGAGUGGCCCCUCAUUACUACUGUACCUUAUUAAAUCUUUUUUUUUUGAUAGUAUUUGUUAAGCACUUACUAUGUGCCUGGCACUGUAUUAAGUGCUGGAGUAGACA